ACAGGAUUCAACUAAAAGUCCGAAAGAAAGAAAGAAAGAAAAAAAAUAUGGAAAGCGUGAUUCGUGCCAUUGGUAGGGUAGGUAAAUAAAUAACAAUAGAAUUAGUAACAAGUCACAACUACACAACAAUUCUUCUCCUUCUCUUGCCUAACCCUCCUAGUUGUGGCGUGCGUGUGAGACUGAGACUGAGAGGUAGUAGUUGGGAAAAGUAAGGUGUUUUCAAAACGCAAAAGCAAAGCAGAGCAGAGCAAAGCAAAUCAGCAAUAGCAAUAGCAAUUUGAAUGGCGAACAUAGACAUUGAAGGGAUCUUGAAGCAGCUGCCUAACGAUGGCCGUAUUCCAAAGACCAAAAUCGUGUGUACUUUGGGUCCAGCUUCUCGAUCUGUUGAGAUGAUUGAAAAGCUUCUUAAAGCUGGGAUGAAUGUUGCUCGUUUCAAUUUUUCUCACGGUACUCAUGAUUAUCAUCAGGAAACCCUCAACAAUCUCAAGUCUGCUAUGCAAGCUACUGGUAUUCUCUGUGCCGUCAUGCUCGACACUAAGGGACCUGAGAUUAGGACUGGCUUUCUUAAAGAUGGAAAACCUAUUCAACUCAAAGAAGGACAAGAAAUCACCAUAACUACUGAUUAUGAUAUUAAAGGGGAUCAGGAGAUGAUAUCAAUGAGUUACAAGAAACUGCCUUUCCACUUGAAGCCUGGAAAUACCAUACUAUGCGCUGAUGGAACAAUCUCCCUUACUGUAUUGUCCUGUGAUCCAGAUGCCGGUACUGUUAGGUGUCGCUGUGAAAACACUUCAAUGUUGGGUGAGAGGAAAAAUGUAAAUCUUCCUGGUGUUAUUGUGGAACUUCCCACUCUUACUGACAAGGAUAAGGAAGAUAUUCUUCAAUGGGGUGUCCCUAACAAUAUUGAUAUGAUUGCUCUUUCAUUUGUUCGUAAGGGCUCAGAUCUUGUUAAUGUCCGCAAGGUUCUGGGGCCACAUGCAAAGCAUAUUCAGUUGAUGUCAAAGGUCGAGAAUCAAGAGGGAGUCAUGAACUUUGAUGAGAUCCUGCGUGAGACUGAUGCAUUCAUGGUGGCACGUGGGGAUCUUGGAAUGGAGAUCCCAGUUGAGAAGAUUUUUCUUGCACAGAAAAUGAUGAUAUAUAAGUGUAAUCUUGUUGGCAAGCCUGUGGUGACUGCUACCCAGAUGCUUGAAUCCAUGAUCAAGUCUCCGCGGCCAACCCGAGCUGAAGCAACUGAUGUAGCUAAUGCAGUUCUUGAUGGAACAGAUUGUGUCAUGCUUAGUGGUGAAAGUGCUGCCGGAGCUUAUCCUGAACUUGCUGUGAAAAUCAUGGCUCGCAUUUGUAUUGAAGCAGAAUCAUCCCUGGACUACGGUGCUAUCUUCAAAGAGAUGAUAAGGUCGACUCCAUUGCCUAUGAGUCCAUUGGAAAGCCUUGCAUCCUCUGCUGUACGCACAGCCUACAAGGCUAGAGCAAAACUCAUCGUCGUACUGACGCGCGGUGGGAGUACAGCCAAGUUAGUUGCUAAGUAUAGGCCAGCAGUUCCAAUCUUGUCUGUGGUUGUUCCAGUUUUGACCACAGACUCAUUUGAUUGGACCUGCAGUGAUGAGACGCCAGCAAGGCACAGCUUAAUAUACAGGGGUUUGAUUCCAAUAUUGGCUGAAGGAUCUGCCAAAGCUACUGAUGCAGAAUCUACAGAUGCAAUUCUGGAAGCUGCUCUGAAGUCAGCAACACAAAAGGGGCUUUGUAAACCUGGUGAUGCGGUUGUUGCUCUGCAUCGUAUUGGAGCUGCCUCUGUUAUAAAGAUCUGCAUAGUGAAGUGAUGCAGAAUAUGUUAUUUGCCGGCCUUGGUGGCACCCACCCACUGAUUCAGGCAGGGUUAUGUUAUGUUUUUUUUGCUUUUCUACUAAUAACUAAAUUAAACUAAACUCUGUUGUUCGACUAUCCUCCACUAUAUAAUGGAGGAUUUAGAUAUUAGCUGUAUUAGCUGGUUGUUAUUUUGUUGUUGUAGUUGAUGAACUGAGUUUUGGUAUUUUCUGUUAAUAUUGCAGAGUGCUUCUAAAUGAGGUUCUCAUGAAAAUAAUGAAACACACCGUUUCUUUUUAUUAA